GUUGAGAUUGAAGGUCCAGACAUUGACAUUGAGGGCCACAAAGGAGGAAUUAAAAUACCUAAAUUCAAGAUGCCAUCAUUUAGCAUGAAAGGCCCAAAGGUUGAAGGUCCAGAUGUUGACAUUGACCUUCCAAAAACAAAUAUUGAUGUCAAAGCACCUGAAGUUGGUAUUAAAGGUCCAGAUUUUGACAUUGAGGGACCAAAUGCCAAACUCAAAGGACCCAAAUUCAACAUGCCAUCCAUUUCAGGACCUAAAAUCUCCAUGCCAGAUGUGGACUUCAACUUGAAAGGGCCAAAAUUCAAAGGUGAUGUGGAUCUCAAUGCUCCUAA